AUGGCGUCCGGACCAGAGAAUGAUCUCUCCUGUCCCGUCUGUCAUGACAUCUAUAAAGAUCCUGUUAUCCUGACAUGCAGCCACAGCUUCUGUAAAAACUGUCUGCAGAGAUGGUGGAGAGGGAAACAAGUACACGAGUGUCCAGUUUGUAAGACUGUAUCUGGAAGGAACAACCCACCUUGUAACUUGGCGUUAAAGAGCCUGUGUGAGGCCUUCUUACUGGAGAGAGAUCAGAGAGCUUCAGCAGGGUCUGAGGAUCUCUGCAGUCUGCACUCUGAGAAACUCAAACUCUUUUGUCUGGACCAUCAGCAGCCAGUGUGUGUUGUCUGUCGAGAUUCAAAAAUACACAACAACCACAGAUUCAGACCCAUCAAUGAAGCCGCACAUGAUCACAAAGAGGAGCUCCAGAAAUCCUUAAAGCCCUUACAGGACAAACUGAAGCUCUUUAAAGAAGUUAAUGGAAAAUGUGAUCUAACAGCAAAACACAUUAAUGUCCAGGCCAGAGACACAGAGAGGCAGAUUAAAGAGCAAUUUAAGAAGCUUCACCAGUUUCUACAAGAGGAAGAGGAGGCCAGGAUUGCUGUUCUGAGGGAGGAAAAGGAGCAGAAGAGUCGGAUGAUGAAGCAGAAGAUUAUGGUUCUGAGUAAAGAGAUAGCAGCUCUUUCAGACACAAUCAAAGCCUCGGAGGAGGAGCUGAGAGCUGAAGACGUCUCAUUCCUGCAGAACUACAAGGCUGCGGUGAAAAGAGUCCAGCAGCGCCCCCUGCUGGAUGAUCCAGAGCUGGUCUCAGAAGCUCUGAUAGAUGUGGCCAAACACCUGGGCAACCUGACCUUCAACAUCUGGAACAAGAUGAAGGAGAUGGUCUCCUACACUCCUGUGAUUCUGGAUCCGAACACUGCUCACCCAGGACUCUUUCUGUCUGAAGAUCUGACCAGUGUGAGGAGUGGAGAGAAACAGAAGCUUCCUGACAAUCCAGAAAGGUUUGAUUCUUUCAUAUCUGUCCUGGGCUCUGAGAGUUUUAGCUCAGGGACUCACAGCUGGGAUAUUGAGGUUGGAGACAGUACAGCCUGGUAUGUCGGUGUGGCAGCAGAGUCUGUCCAAAGAAAGAGACGCACAGACAUAACAUCUGGAUUAUGGGCAGUAAAGUUCAGUAAAGAUGAAUACACAGCAGUCUCCCCACCACAUCCCCCCACUAUUCUCUCAGUGAAGAAGAAGCUGUGGAGGAUCAGAGUUCAUCUGGACUGGAACAGAGGAAAACUGUCAUUCUUUGAUCCUGAUACUAACACACACAUACACACCUUCACACACACUUUCACUGAGAGACUGUUUCCAUUGAUUAACACCUGGAAUAAACUGCCACUGAAGAUAUUACCUGUGGUCUCUGAUGAUGACCGUGAUGUAGGUGGUGAUGUUGACAGUGGCCGAGCACACAAAUCUGGGCCGAGUACAUCUAGAGCCUCAGUGGGCCUCGUUCGCUUCAAAACUGUACUACCGCGCACAUCCAAAUAA